GGAUCCGGAGCGGUCCAGAAAGGGUAGCCAGCACAGGGAGUAAUAACCGGAGAGGGGCGAAUAUGAGUUAAUGCUUCCCGGAAAGAACACCACCUCGGAGGUGAAUAUCCUGCGAGAAAAAUCAGAGGUUUGAAUGAAAAUAUAGUUAAUUGUUUGACCUGGAGGUAUCAAAGGCGACAGGAGCGUGAGGAGAGAGCAUCGAGACACAUACAGAAGCUCCGAAUUGAUUGCCAGCGAACGACUGCGUAGAAGACAGUAUGAGAGGGAGGUGACAGUGUUGAAAAGUCUAUUGCUUUUGAUCAUUUGGAUCUACGGAGUAAAGUGUUUUGUUUUCAAUGCACGUUUUUAUUUUACUUUCGCGGGGAUCAAGACUCACUUCCGGAAACCCACUUAAUUUUUUGUUGAGCAGUCGCUACAGUUUUUGAAUCAAAACUGACGAACAGACUCCAAAACCGGACUAUUGUACUGUCGUCAAUGUCUUGUCAGACGAGAUACGUCAAUUCAAAUAAUUAAAAUAUUAUCUGGUAGAGUGCGGACCGGAUCUAUUGCUAUACAUAUUAUAUUCAAGUAUUUGACAUUCUGUAGUUAACAAACAGCCUUUCCCACCCAAGUGAACUGGCGAGAGAGAAGGAUACAUUGUUGCUGCGUAUGAGGACGCGUCUCUGGCACAUCAAAUCAAAAUUGAAUAUUCACUUUUUUUAAUCAUCAAGAGAUUCGCAUUGACUCUACCUAGAUCAGAGGCUUUGGAAUAGAGAGCAAGAAACUGAAACUGACACUAAAAACGGUUUUUACUUUUGUUGUGCCUUGGAAUACACUUACUUGCACAUGAGCACUUUGCUUUGUCAUAUUUAUUUUUGCAUGCACGUGUUUAUUUCUUCUUCCUGCACACGAUAACAUUUUUCACAAGCUAAAGGUUGUUGUCACUCGUGUUUUUAGUUCCGUGUCCCUCUCCUCCCACCUCUCGACCUGGCAGCGCUUAUUAAGGGCAGCAGUUAACUGUGGACUUCGCUAGUUCCUUCAAGGGGGAAGGGUAGAUUUUCAUGUUUGUGCAUCUGGUGGAGGAGACAAAGACAAAAAGCUUUUACUGUGGAUGAUUUAUCUCUCUGAACUGUACCUGUUGUGUCACUGGAUUAAACCACCAGGUUGAAGUCUGGGAAAGAAAACAGCACAGAUGUUUUGGAUUGCUUUCACCUGUUUGUUUUUUGACUGAUUAGUUCACAAUAGGAUACUUACACGGAAUCUAAGAGGCAAAGGCUAUUUUUAGAGUGAUGGGGUAAAUGGUGGUAGUUGGAAAUUGAGACCCCCACACUCAGCUCACCAACACUUCCAGCUUUAGCUCUGGUUCCAUUGUCAGCUGCUGAAUUAUCAAAACUGGAAAUUCGAGUGGGGGUCCUGUCUCAGUCAAGCUCCCAGAUAUACAUCUCACCCUGCUCAACUUCUUUUUAUCUUUGACUGGAAUUAAACUUUUUUUCAGCACGGAACAAGGAACAAUGCAUGAGAAACUGCACUUAUAAAGAAGCAAACUUGAGUAACCAAAUAUUUUCUUCCCCAUAUACACAGAGAAGCAUAUAUAUAUAUAUAUUUAUUAAAUAAGAAAUAGCUAUGAAUUAUAUAAGAAUAUGUAGUUUAAAUAAUUAUAUUAUAUUUUUACGUCAGAAAUAAGUAUUGUUGCCUGAAACCCAGUUCAUUGCCUUAGAGAAACAUAGUAAUAAAGAAUACAGAGGAAAGACGACGUGGAACUUUUUUGGAAACAAGUUAAUGGUGCCUUUUUAGUUUCGUUGGUUCCUAAUGUCUCCACCACUUCAGGAUUGAAUUGUUGACAAAGAAAUAUUUUUGUGUGAAACCCUUAUAUACCUGCCUUUCCGGUUCAAACCUGAGUUUUAUUGUUGUUGGAUGUAUAUUGCUGGAUUGCAGAGAUUUCUGAAGAGUUCUGAGCCGAGGAUUACCCCUUCACUCUACACUUGAUGCAUCCUCAUAGUUUUCUAAAGUAAUUUUUGGAAUCCCCAAAUUAUAAACUUUGACUUGAUUUCUGGGAUACAGCAGCCCAACACACAAGAGUUUCAGAUGGUGAUCACUUCGUCAGUGGAGGAGAAGCCACAGCCUUCUAACAGAAUGGUCGCAAACUUGCCGACCGAAUCCUGGAUCAACAACCCAGAACAAAGUCGCUAUUUACCAACUCAGUCACACCUACUCCGGAAACCGACAAAAAGUGGAAGCAGCUCAGGAUGCAAGCCCCCCUCCUCUACCCUCUGCCAGCCUGCCGCCUUGGGCUUCUCCCCCGCUGAGCCAACCAUGUCGAGCCAGCAUAGCCACCCCUCCUUCAGCAACAUCCACUCCAUGGCUGAACAGCAGCAGGUGCUGUCUGAUGCGACCAUACUGCAGAGGAGGAUCCCCCCAAGUUUUAGAGAUCCCGCCAGCGCACCGCUGAGAAAACUCUCUGUCGAUCUGAUCAAGACUUACAAGCACAUCAAUGAGGUGUACUACACAAAGAAGAAGCGGCGUGCCCAGCAGGUGCCCCCGGAGGACUCGAGCACUAAGAAGGAGCGGAAGGUGUACAAUGAUGGCUACGACGACGACAACUAUGACUACAUCGUCAAGAACGGGGAGAAGUGGCUGGACCGCUACGAGAUUGACUCGCUCAUCGGCAAGGGCUCCUUCGGGCAGGUGGUGAAAGCCUAUGACCACCACGAGCAGGAGUGGGUGGCCAUCAAGAUCAUCAAGAACAAGAAAGCCUUCCUGAACCAGGCCCAGAUAGAGCUGCGACUGCUGGAGCUCAUGAACAAACACGACACCGAGAUGAAGUACUACAUAGUCCACCUGAAGAGGCACUUCAUGUUCCGGAACCACCUGUGCCUGGUGUUCGAGCUUCUCUCCUACAACCUGUACGACCUCCUGCGCAACACCAACUUCCGCGGCGUCUCUCUCAACCUGACCAGAAAGUUUGCCCAGCAGCUGUGCACGGCGCUGCUGUUCCUGGCCACGCCCGAGCUUAGCAUCAUCCACUGCGACCUCAAGCCCGAGAACAUCCUGCUGUGCAACCCCAAGCGCAGCGCCAUCAAGAUCGUGGACUUUGGCAGCUCUUGUCAACUAGGCCAGAGGAUCUACCAGUACAUCCAGAGUCGGUUCUACAGAUCUCCGGAGGUGUUGCUGGGCAUGCCCUACGACCUGGCCAUUGACAUGUGGUCCCUGGGCUGCAUCCUGGUGGAGAUGCACACGGGAGAACCCCUCUUCAGCGGCUCCAACGAGGUGGAUCAGAUGAAUAAGAUAGUGGAGGUGCUGGGGGUCCCUCCCAACCACAUGCUGGAUCAGGCUCCCAAAGCACGGAAGUACUUUGACAAGCUGUCCGACGGUCUGUGGACCGUCAAGAAGAACAAGGACAUAAAGAAGGUACUUUACCCCUCGGCCUCCGAGUACAAGCCUCCUGCGACGCGGCGGCUCCAUGAGAUCCUGGGGGUGGAGACCGGGGGUCCUGGCGGGAGGCGGGGCGGAGAGCAGGGGCACGCUCCCUGCGAUUACCUGAAGUUCAAGGACCUGAUCCUGCGCAUGCUGGACUACGACCCCAAGACACGCAUCACGCCCUUCUAUGCGCUGCAGCACAACUUCUUCAAGAAGACGACGGACGAGGGCACCAACACCAGCAGUUCCACCUCCACCAGCCCGGCCAUGGACCACAGCCACUCCACCUCCACCACCAGCUCCGUCUCCAGCUCCGGUACGGGACACAGCAGUGGAUCUAGCGGUUCUUCCAAUGACAACCGGAAUUACCGGUAUAGUAACCGGUACUACAACAGUGCAGUUACUCACUCAGACUACGAGAUGCAGAGUCCACAGGCUCCAUCUCAGCAGCAGCUGCGCCUCUGGCCGGGUGGAGAGGGGGGCAUGGGUCCACUGUCCAACAGCGGCAGUAGCGUCAGCGACCCCCCAUACCCCCAGCUGCUGCUGCACAAGCCGGCGGCCACGCAGCACUCACGCCACUUCCUGGGAGGCGGCGGCGUCGGGGGCAUGAUGGAACCCCACCACCCGCACCCCAUCUACGGUGGUCACCACGGCAAUGGGCGGGGCCUGCGGCAGACUGGGCAGGGGAACCAGCCCCAGGGCCAGGCUUCACAGGGCCAGCCCCUGAUGCCCAUCUCCUCCCCACAGAUGCCGGACAGCAUCGAGCUCAGCCUCACACACCACCACCAUCUGGGUCAGUCUUCCAUCAUGCCGCCCCCAUCCAGCUUGGACUCCAGCCAGUACGGCUCCUCCAACCUCCACCUGGGCCUCUCUGCCUUUCGGACUAGGACGGUCAUGGCCCCCCAGCCGCCCCCCGCCGGCUCCCAGCAACAGUUGGCUCAGCCCCCAGCCUCUCAGGACAGCUUGGUCGCUGCCUCCGGGCUUGGAUACAUCCCCCCAUGCUACCCGGGAAGUAACAACAAUAACAACCCUCCCCAGGGUAGCGUGGUCGGGGGCGGGAUGCUCACCGGGGGGCCCCCACCCAGGGGAGUAGGGGGUGGUGGGGGGAGGCCAGACUCUGAGGAGUCCACCAUGAUGGGUGUGUGCGGCAAUGGAGGAGGCGGUGGUCAGAACACGGCCAACUCUUGAUAAAUCUUGAACAAAUUCCAAAAGCCAUACAAUUUUAACAACGACAACAUUACAAUUUCAACACGCAUACAUACACAGUACACACUUGAGUUUGAAACAAAUACGGCCACACAUAUAGUUACAGAGACAAACUUGUGAAAUAUCAAAGGAGUUUUGUUUUGUUUUGCAUGGGAGAAGGUCGAGGGUGAGUAAGAGAGGGUGAGUAAGAGAGGGUGAGUAAGAGAGGGUGAGUAAGAGAGGGUGAGUGAGAGAGGGAGAGUAAGAGAGGGAGAGUAAGAGAGGGAGAGUGAGAGAGGGAGAGUGAGAGAGGGAGAGGGAGAGUGAGAGAGGGAGAGUGAGAGAGGGGAGAGGGGGAGAGUGAGAGAGGGAGAGUGAGAGAGGGAGAGUGAGAGAGGGAGAGUGGGAGAGGGAGAGGGAGAGGGAGAGAGUGGGAGAGAGAGGGAGAGUAAGAGAGGGAGAGUGGGAGAGUGAGAGAGGGAGAGUGAGAGAGGGAGGGUGAGAGGGAGAGUGAGGGAGAGUGAGAGGGGGAGAGUGAGAGGGGGAGAGUGAGAGUAAGAGAGGGAGAGUAAGAGAGGGAGAGGGAGAGUGAGAGAGGGAGAGUGAGAGAGGGAGAGUAAGAGAGGGAGAGUAAGAGAGGGAAGGCUUUGAAACCAUUUUUAUCCUUUUUUCAGUUUCUUUGUUUUUCUUUUGUUGAAGGAAAGAAACGGGGCUCAGUAGUUGGAAUGGAAAGUUUCAGAUAAGUUUGUUUUAUUGUUAUUAUUAUUAUUAUAUUAUUUGAUUUUAUGUGAUUUAAGGAAAGGUUUGCAGCGAGAUCUUUGUUGUUUGGGUUGUUUUUUGGAAUGAAGACCGCAAAGGUAAAUGAAUGAUUUGAAAAGUGGUUGGUUAAGAAGAGGGAGGCACGAGAGAGUACCCUUAUGCUAUUAAUUCUUAUUUUUUUUCUUUGUUUUUGUUUAGUUUUUCUGAAGUCUAGGUUUAAUUGUACAUGUUUUAUUUAUUAAACAUCACUACAUGAGGAGGAGGGUAAGCGGGGAGAUCAGAAGAGCGCUAAAUUGAGAGGUGGUUUAUUUAUUCAUUUUUAUUUUUAUUUAUACAGGUUUAGUUUUAUUUGCUGAUGGACAGAAAACACUUGUGCAUACACAGAGAAACAAACAAACUAGGGUCUUUUUAGUUUGUUUUUCAGUUCAGUAUAUCUCACCCCCGAAACACACACACACUUUUGUUACAUUUAUUUUCUUCUCUCGCUUGACACUGGCUUAUAUAUCUGAAACUACGAAACAGAUCAUAGAAAUGAAAUGAAGCAAAUGACAAAAACCGUAGUCACCACACAGUGAGAAACUAUACGAUGAGGAGGCUGAAACAUUUGACGAAGUGAGACGCUUUCAAGAGGAGAGGGGGAACAGAACUUCUUCACAAAAGGAGGAAGUGAUUCAAGAAGAACAAAAAAACAACAAAACAUUUUGCCACAAGGAAAACCAAAAUGCUUCCCUGUUGUUUAAAAAAAAAUAGUCUGCCUUCUACUUCAACAUCUAACCAGAAUCUUUCACCCUCUUUCUCUCUCUCUUUUCUUACUCACUUUUGUUUUGGACCGUAAACUACAGAAACGUAACACAUUUUGGGUUGGAGUAACUCUGGAUAUGCUAAGCCAAAUCUUGCUAACUCUCUCUGUCUCGAUCUCUCGCUCUCUUCUCCUCUCUGCCCCAUUUUUCUGUUGGAAGGGAGGGGGGCAAUAUAUAGCAGGAGGGAGGAGUACAUACUUAUGAGGGGACACUUUCAUGCCCUCCUUACCCCUACAGCCCCCGUGACUCUGACUUCUCUGGCCUCUUCUUACUCCUGUCUUUUGUUCUCCCCUUCCCUCCCUCCUUCACGACACUCUGUGAGUGCUGUUUGCCAUCAAGUAAAAAAAAAAGUGAACUACUUCUCUCUCGGCUGCUAUCUCCACUUUCAACCAUGUUCGGAUUGCUGCUAAAGAAAACAAACAGACAGAUAAAUAAAUAAAAAUAAACUUUUUAACCCUCCUGCUUCAGAAAAAAAUGGAAAAAUAAACCACUGCAUCUCAUGUAUUUAUUACUAUUUAACAAGAAAAAGAAAAGGUAAAAAUGAACCUGUUUUCUUCUGUUUUUUGUUUGGUUGCCUUCUUCCUGCUGGUGAAAGUUGGGCAUUGACUAAAUGUAACAGUUAAAGGUGGUAUUAAAACACUGACUUAGUUUAAGUCAGCCACUGGGCGGGGCCUGAAUGGGGGAAACUGGGUAAGAAUAAAGUUGGAUAUAUAAGAAUAAAGAGUAUACUUUUGCACACAAAGGUCAAAUGCAAAUCACAGCUUUCUGCUUUUUUUCAGCUUUCAGUCGACAGACCCUCAUCUGAGCAAUGUGCAUACAGUAGCAGGCCUACCACAAAGACAACCUGUUGAUGUGGCAAGCUAAGUGAUCACUGACAUGGCAUAAUAAAUCUGAGAUUUGCGUUUGACCUCAA